AUGGCGCAGCUGCUACUUGAUCUGGGACGCCUGGGAGAUGCCCGGCCUUGCAACGAGGAACGUGAUGCCUGCGGUCCCGAUGAUCCCACAGCGCUGGAGCUCUUCCGGCAUCUGGCCACGUCGGUGGGGGCCUGGAGCAGGGUCUCCGCGCCCGGGGUGCUCUCCACCAGGUUGGUAACUCGGAUGACGCAACCCAUCAAUUGGAUUACAGGCGACAUCCUGUUGGAUGGUGAUGAUUUGGACCUGCUGUGCUCAGGCCUAACGGUAGCUGAGGUGCCCAGUGACCCGGACAUCGCGUCACGGCGCAGUUUGAUGACGUGGAUCAGAGAGGCUGGUGAUCGUUUGGGCGAGGAGUAUGUGUCGUCGAUGAAAAGGUAUUACUACGCGCGAUGA